CGUUGCCUUGGCAGCGGCGGUUGAGGCGCUUCUCUGGCCGAUUCGACCGCGGGCGAAAGGAGUCGCCGCCGGCUGCUGGCCGGCUUCUCAUUCAUCAUGAGUACAGAGCUGAACGUCCCCGUAGAUCCUCCCGCCUCCGCCUGCUGCGCUGAACCUACUGCCAAAGGCAUGGAUUACCGAGACUGGGUCCGUCGCAGCUACCUAGAGCUGGUCACUUCCAAUCACCAUUCUGUCCAGGCCCUCUCAUGGCGGAAGCUGUAUUUGAGUCGAGCCAAGCUGAAAGCUUCCAGCAGGACCUCUGCGUUGCUAUCUGGGUUUGCCAUGGUGGCCAUGGUUGAAGUCCAGUUAGAGAUGCAGUACCAGUACCCUCAGAUGCUGCUGAUCGCCUUCAGCGCCUGCACCACCAUUUUGGUUGCCGUCCACCUCUUCGCCCUUCUCAUCAGCACUUGCAUCCUGCCCAAUGUGGAAGCGGUAAGUAACAUCCACAACCUGAACUCCAUCAGUGAGUCUCCCCACGAGCGCAUGCAUCCUUACAUUGAGUUGGCCUGGGGCUUCUCCACCGUCUUGGGGAUCCUGCUCUUCCUGGCUGAGGUCGUUCUUCUUUGCUGGAUUAAAUUCCUGCCAGUGGACUCCGUUUUGAAAAACGACACUGCCGUUGUCCAAAAGCCAAGCAGUCAUACGGGCUGGCAGGCGGCCCUCAUCUCCACGAUGAUCAUGGUCCCCGUGGGGAUCAUCUUCGUUGUUUUCACCAUCCAUUUCUACCGGUCGCUUGUACGCCACAAGACGGAACGUCACAACCGAGAGAUUGAAGAACUUCAUAAACUGAAAGUGCAGCUCGAUGGGCAUGACAGGGGGCUGCAGGUUGUGUGAUGAAUGGACAUGUCUGCCUGCCUGCUUGGAUGCUCCACAGAGGUUUUUCAUAACAGGAAUGAAUGGAAGCAGAUGCACAGUACCCCUGGAGACCUAUAACUCUCGGUCACCAACCACGUUCUGUGUGAUGGUUUUUUUGUAGGUCUGGACAGUCUGCCUUCUCUGGUCUUUUAUAUCUGCAAACAGCACUACCAGCUUGCUAAAGCUGAAGAUGUUAUCUGCAUCCACAUAGUUAUCUGAAGAUGGGCUUACCCUUUAUGUUAUGCAUAUGUAAGAUUCAAUCUUACAGACUGAUGGAAUGACACAGAAAGCAUCUGGAAUGGACACACCCUGGUUACAGGAACAGCCUAGCAGCACAAUCCAUGGCAUUGCAGAAGAUUUGACUGGGGAAAUCCACACUGAAUGAGUCAGUGCCACUAAGCUGAAAACAGCUGCUGUCAUCUGCUACUGUUUCCCUCACCCCCACCCCAAGAUAAAAACAAGGAAAAGUGACACGGUGUGGGCAGGGUUUGGGGAGGGUCCAGAUCACCUCUUUUGUCACAGCGUUCUGGUCCCUGAAAACCUGAUCGCUUUGACACAAAAUUAGGUUCUUAUGUAUCACUUGUAUGUAGCUUGUGUGUGCUGAAAGGGCAAUUAAGCUAGCUGAAAUAUGGACAGUGAGGAUCCAUCCAUAUAGGAAAAGGUUCUUUCUCCCGUCACCUGAUCAGUAAACAGAUGGGGUGAAGAUGGCUAAACUGAAUCUGGACAAAUUACGUUCCAAGACAGCAAUCCUGCGCACACUUACUUGGGAGGAAGCCGCAGUGAAUGCCAUGGGACGAAUUUCCAAGUAAGCACAUGCAGGCUUGGACAUCAUCAGAUCUCCCUGCCUUGCCAGCUGUUAUGCCAUCUUGUCCUGCUUCUCAGAUUUUUGCAUGUCCUCAGAGACACUGUGUAGUACAGACAUGAGAAUAAUUGUAUGGUACAUAAGAAGUUUAUGCUCCACCUGAUCACUGUCCUUCUAAAAGAGAAAACUGCUUAUUGUCUGCAGGGUUAUUGAAAAAGAAACUCAGCGCUCACCUUUUCCCCCCUGUACAUUGUUGCCAAAACAUUUCAACCAGAUUGUUAACUGUGAAAUGAUAAUAUAUACGUAGUGGCUGUCCCUCACCCCCCCCUUCCAUUUCCAUGCCUACUGGAUACUGUUAAU